CUUUUCAGAGUAUGGAAUGGCGUAGUACGACAGUAACGGAUAAGAAAAUAUGUGAAUGCUCAAACUGCGUCCACUCAUGCAAAUGGCCAAUUACUCGAAAGCCCACAUCUGCCAAUGCAUGAGCCGCGUCUCGGCGUCCCGCCGGAGCUCGACGGUGACGAUAUCCGGGGACAGAAGAAAGACCGGCGCACAGUUCGUUGACGGGAUUUUGAGCCUCGCGCGCGGGCUUCGCCAACUUGGCCUUCAGCCCGGUGAUGUGGUCGCCAUUUCUGCUCUCAACAGUGAUUUAUAUUUGGAAUGGUUGCUUGCGGUUGCAUAUGCCGGAGGAAUUACUGCUCCACUCAAUUAUCGCUGGAGCUUGGAAGAAGCAAGUGAAGCCGUGAAGGUGGCAAGGCCUACGUUAUUGGUCACAGACUCAGCGUUAAAUUCCUGGCACUCCAAGUUUGAUAUAGACUCUAUAUCUUCACUAAGAUGGCAUGUCUCAAUUGACAUCCCUUUCGGAGUGGAAAGCACUUGGAAUGGGUUGACUACAAAAAAGCUUAAGAACUGCCAUAAAAUAUCUUUAGAAACUAAUUAUAUGUGGGCCCCUGAGGGAGCUGCUAUAAUAUGUUUUACCUCAGGAACCACUGGCAAACCUAAGGGAGUUACUUUAAGCCACUCUGCUUUGAUAGUACAGUCCCUUGCAAAAAUCGCAAUUGUUGGUUACCGAGAGGAUGAUGUGUAUUUACACAUGGCUCCACUUUGCCACAUUGGUGGAAUGUCAUCUGCCAUGGCUGUGUUAAUGGCUGGAGGCUGCCACAUUUUAAUACCCAAAUUUAAUGCUGGAUUGGCUGUUGAAUCCAUUCACCAAUAUGCUGUCACCUCUUUAAUUACUGUUCCAGCUAUGAUGACUGAUCUAGUAUCAUUUUACAGCAGAAAAGGGGAAUCGGAAGGGUCACCAACAGUGAAGAAGAUACUUAAUGGGGGUGGAGCUCUUUCAGUUGAGCUUAUCAAUCAUGCUGCCAAAAUAUUCCCAAGAGCUAAACUAAUAUCCGCGUACGGGAUGACAGAGGCUUGCUCUUCUAUGACAUUCAAGACUCUCUAUGACCCAGCAAAAGAAAGUGUGAGACGCGCGCUCCAAUUAAAUAAUGAUAGGGACUCCAAUUUGGCAAGGCAACAAGAGGGCAUCUGUGUUGGAAAGCCUGCCCCACAUGUUGAAUUAAGAGUUUGUGCUGAGAGUUCAUCUCGUAAUGGGAGGAUACUAACACGAGGCUCUCAUGUAAUGCUUGGAUACUGGGGCCAGAUAUCAAACAAGACUUCCAAACUUGCUGGUGAAAACUGGCUUGACACAGGUGACAUUGGUCAUAUAGAUGACCAUGGCAAUAUCUGGCUCAUUGGGCGUUCCAAGGGUCGAAUCAAGAGUGGAGGAGAAAAUGUUUAUCCUGAAGAAGUAGAGGCUGUCCUGUCACAACAUCCUGGUGUUUCUGGCAAUGUAGUUGUUGGACUUCCAGAUUUGCGCUUGGGAGAGAUGGUUGUUUCCUGCAUUCAGCUCAAAUGCAAUUGGCAGUGGGAUGAUUUAAGUUCCAGCCCUCCAUCAGUUAACUACUUGUCUGCUGACAUCCUCCGCUGCUUCUGUAAAGAAAAACAGUUGACUAGGUUUAAAGUACCAAAAAGAUUUAUUAGGUGGAGGAAUCAGUUUCCAGUGACGACAACAGGCAAAAUAAAAAGAGACCUAGUCAGAGCAGAACUCAUGUCUAAUAUGCAGUCAAUGUCCAGCAAAUUAUAGAACAUUCUUUCCUGCAGUCUGUAAUAGAUUAUAGAGAAAAGGGUCAAUUAGACCCUUCCACAAUUGUACUAAUCACAUUAGUCAAAGAAACGGAUGAUGACCAUUUUUGAUCGGUCAUUUGACCAUUAAUUCAUAUUUUUUCUUUUUC